GAAGCAUAGUAAUAAACAAAUCACUCAUAUAUAUAUACACACAGAGAGAUAUAUAGGCCAUAUAUUGCUGAAGAUCAUGAACUGCUGUGGACAAUGGAGCUUUGUUAUUGCAAUGGUAGCUGUCAACUUUGCAUUUGCUAUAACAAAUGCCCUUUACAAAAUGAUUCUCAAUGAAGGAAUGAGUGGUUUAAUCAUCUUAAUAUAUCGUCACUCGAUUUCCGUGAUUUGUUUAACACCGAUCGCCUUCUUUCGAGAAAGAAAAAGUAGACCAAAGCUCACACCUAGUAUCAUGUGCCAGCUCUUCUUUAACGCUCUUAUAGGUUUAGUUUUGACACAAUAUUUUUUCCUUCUUGGACUUCAAUAUACUUCACCAACAUUCACAUGUGCAUUCCUAAAUAUAGUCCCUGCAAUCACCUUGGUUUUGGCUCUACCGUUCGGGCUCGAGAAAGUGAACAUCGGAAAUAAGCCGGGGAAAGCAAAGGUUGUUGGCACAUUGGUUUGUAUUAGUGGAGCUAUGGUAUUGACACUUUACAAAGGAAGAACAUUGGUGGGAUCAUCCAAUUCAAGUGACAAUAAUACAACGGUAGUAGCAACAAAGAAGAAAGACCGAUGGGGCAUCGGUCCGAUAUUCCCGAUGGCAGGUGCCGUAUGUUUUUCGUCGUGGUUCCUACUUCAAUCGAGGAUUGGAAAAGUGUACCCUUGCAAAUAUUCAAGCACCGCCUUAAUGUCUUUGUUUAGUGCAUUUCAAUCAACCAUAUUAGGGUUGAUAACAGAGAGGGAGUUUACUAAAUGGAUUUUGAAGGAUGAACUUGAAGUAACAACAGUCAUAAUUGCAGGAAUAGUGGCAUCAGGAUUAUGCUAUGUGGGAAUGUCAUGGUGUGUGGAACAUAAGGGUCCAGUCUUCACUUCAGCUUUCAGUCCAUUGGUGCAAAUAUUUGUAGCAAUGUUUGAUUUCUCCAUUUUACAUGGAAAAAUCUACUUGGGGAGUGUCAUUGGAUCAAUCUUAAUUGUAAUUGGUUUAUAUAUACUGCUAUGGGGAAGAAACUCUGAGGCACAAGAAAUGAAGCAACCUCAAGAAGGAGAAGAAAAAGACUGUAAUGUAAGGUCACAAGUCUAACAAAAAUCUCUGGUUUUAGAUUAGAUGCUUAAUAAUUUACUUUUGUUAGUUAAUCGAGCGCUAAUUUAAUUAAGUAAUGACUAAAAUAUUCAUAUUUCACAAAGUGAAUUAUGGGUCAAAUUCUAUUACUAGAUCUUAUACUUUGUAUAAGUUGCAGUCCUUGUACUUUUAGAAUAUGAAAAUUUUAGUCCUGACCAAAUAAUAGCUAUUAAAUUCAUUAA